AUGUUAUUCCAGAAGCUCGUCUUAACCCUUAGUUGGGCCAUGGACUGGGGAAUCCAGCCCGUCUACUCCCAGGCCGUACCCCCGGAGCGGUGCGCCACAGGUGUCCACGCCAUUUUAGCCCGAGGCCAAGGUCCCGGCGAUCACUUGAAUGUGAUGGUCUCCAUCCAAAACCUGAUCUUACAGCUCAUCCCGGGCUCCAGCAGUGUGGCCUUGCCCUAUAAGCACGGCUUAGAGGACCAUCGUAUAGCAGCCGCGGACGGCGCCCGAAUGAUGCAGCAAUACGUCCGAGAGUAUGUCGUCAGCUGUCCUAAUUCUAAAAUCUUCCUCAUGGGGUACUCACUGGGUGGAAUCGUCCUGAUGGACGCCCUUUGUGGCACUAGCUCUCUGUGGCUGUAUCCUGUUCCCGCCCUGGAGCCUUCAUACAACAGAAACGUGAUCGCGGCUGCCACCUACGGUGAAGAGACCUAUCUCCCUGGUGAAUCCUGGGACGUGGGGUCUUGCACCGACGGAGUGGGCUUAUACCCGCGCCUUCAUCCUGAAUGGUGCGAUCCCUACGCCCCUUCACUCAGGGCCUACUGCGACGAAGGCGAUAUGGAAUGCUGCCUCAAUCAGUACCCGCCCAACGAUUCGCACUUUCUGUAUAUUUUCAAGUACAACCUGGAUGUACUAAGGUUUAUUCAGCGACGGCUGAACGAUACCCGAUCACGGUAA